GUAUAUAGCCCUCAUGAAAGAUUACAUUAUGGUACACUGUCCUGAAAAGCAAUGGAACUGUAAGCACUAUGAGGGAUUUCACUGCAUUCUGUCAACUGGAGUCAUUUUUACUUGAAACUGGGUACGCAGGUUCGUACUUUGGCCAUGAUACUGAGGACAGGAAUAAUGUGUAAUGGGGGUUAGGCCAGGUUUUGGAAAAAUAUAUGAUUCUAUUGUCCUAACCUUCAGUCAAGUUGGGAAUGAAGAAAGCAAUAAUAAGUUAUAUUUGUCAUGUGAAUUUAAUUUAAAGGCAAUUAAUUAGCUCUUCAAAGAGUAAUCGGUUCAUUCCCUCCCUUUCAGUGUUUCUGUCACAUCACGUCACGUCUAACUCUCUGUCUGGAGGGUAUGUCUGUCUGUCCUUCUGUCUAGAGGGUAUGUCUAUCGGGAGGGUCUUUCUGUGUGGAGGGUCUGAACAACUCAGCCAGAGGAGGUCCCACUCCCAACAUGUGCUAGAAGCACUGAGUUACUAGUCUGAGGAAGAGUACUGUGUUCAGGCUCUGUGACGUCCAUAGUAACCAUCUGGAACUCACGGGUGAACACAGAACAGCUUAUCUUGUGUCUUCUCUCGGUUUUCAAGGUUGUUGUUUUUACCACAUUCCAAAACAUGAUUUAAUUGGGCGAUGUUGCCAGCACCACAAAGGCAGAGUCUCAUCUAGUGCUGGUGUUGUCUACUUGUCAGAAAGUCAUUAUUCUGACUAAACUAUCCGUUUUGUAGCCCAAGGCUGAAAUUAAGUUUGGAUGGUAUAGUUUGUGGAGUUUUUCAUGAGGACAUUGCUGUUCUAUUAAGUCUACAAUACAGUGUGCACCUUUAUCGGCUAUUCAAAUAGACAUGUCUGUCAAAUAGACAUUUCCCAUUAGCUAGUAGACUGUCCUACCUGAGAGACCUGUCAACCCUAAGUCUGAUGGGACUCUAAUGGGCUGCUCCUGGUUAGCUGUGGAGGGUAGUGUGUGAAUAGGCCCUGUUGUCUUGCUGUAGUGCUGAUGGAGCAGUGAGUUAAUAAACACAUUGUUAAGGGGUGUGGCUCGGCUAGCGUAAAUGUCACUGCAGCACAUUGCUUUCUGACCCUCAUGUCCACACAGACCAGCUGUCCUUCCAGGUGUGCUGCUGGACAUGAUUGGCAUCCUGCUAGUGUCUGAAAACUGGGCCUCAGACUUUGGAGCUAUACUCACACACAACAACACACCAUCAGUGUGUGUCUGGCAAAGUAUGUGUGUGCAUACCCAUGUUUCCUUUAUGGCUCCUACUAAACGUGUGUUUUCUCCCUGCCUGCAGCAAUAUUCCAAACCGCUCCACCUUUUCAUGCCCGUUCUGUGGAGCCCGCAAUCUGGACCAACAGGAGCUGGUCAAACACUGUAUGGAAAACCACCGCAACGAUCCCAACAAAGUGGUGUGUCCUGUAUGUUCAGCCAUGCCCUGGGGGGACCCCAGCUACAAGAGCUCCAACUUCCUCCAGCACCUCCUCCACCGGCACAAGUUCUCCUACGACACGUUUGUGGACUACAGUAUCGAUGAAGAGGCGGCACUACAAGCAGCCCUGGCUCUGUCCAUGGCAGAGAACUGAGUCCCCUUGGUCCUCUGAGUCCCCCACUCUGCUGUCUGGGGAUGCACUUCCAUCCUGACACCCCGCUAGCUCUCUUUCUUUGUCUGGAUCCACCCCAUAUCCCGCCCCCUCCACAGCCACCUCACAGGGAGAGUUUGGAAGGACCUUGGCCCUGGCCUAGACUCCCACUCUGGGAGAGCUCCAGAGGGAUUAUGUCCUAACCCUGUCCCCGAUCCUCUACCUGGCCCUUCAUCCACUCUGCUCACCUGCUAAACUCGUCAAGGCUCAUUACCAUUACAUCAUAUCCUCUCAGCCAGCAGCAGCCCCUUCACUUCCUGUAUACUGGGGAGGAGGGGAGCUUGGCCUCCAAUAAAUGUUGCAAUUCAAAACCACUGCAAUGCAAAACAAUGAGUACAGCAUGGACAUUUUUGUUAUUCGGCAGAAAGUAUGAAGGUUCCCAAAAAUAAGGAUUUAAGGUAUUUUCUUUGACUCUUUAUUUUUCACUGUUCAAAUGAAACGUUUUCAAACUCCAGGAAAAAGCCAUCACAUGACACACGUUCUGGUAAAAGUACCACAGAUUAGUUCUGUUAAAGUUUAUUCUCAAGUGCAUAAUUUGAUGGCUUUUUGAAUAAUAGGGACUACAGUUGAAUGGCUUGACCCCAUUGUCAGUGUGAUAAGCUUCCAGCUGGGUGACAGCCUAGACAUGACCAGUUAAACAGAGAGGGAGGACAUUCUCACGUCCCCAUCACGACAACAACACACACUAACAUUUGCAAAUCAAAACAAACUAUCAAACUAUCCCCUUUUGUAUUCAGAGUUCUUGUGAAUACUUGCACUUGUCACAUUUUUCUACAUAAUUGAACUAUAGAUUGUUCUUAUUUCAUAGUUAAGAAACAGAAUUAUAGUACUGCAUUUAGUCUUCACUCUGCUGUUGCUCUGCUGAUAUUUUUAUGAAGCACCAGACAAGAUAAAAUCUAUUUUUGGAAAAUGUUUCAGUUUCAAAUGCUGUACUAAUAAUAAGAAACGUGUUUAUUGGGGAUGUGUUUGUUGUUUUACCACCUUUUUCAAAGGACCCAUUGGUACUGUACUGCUGGCAUCAAACAGUUGUUAGCAGGAUCUUAGGGCCUAUGUGUAAUACACUGUCUCAAACACAAGAGGGCACCCCAGUCUCGAAAUAGACCGGGCACAAGUCAAAAGUCAUUCAAAGCCCAGUGUUCUUCAGUCAGUGUUACUCCAAGUCAUCAUGUUUAUACCCAUGCACAGUAUUGUGAAAAAUGCCCAUGUGUUGCCUAAAUGUAUGACCUGUUUGGUUUAGUGCCCACUAUGAGAAGUGUUAGGGAAAUUGACAUUGUAAAGUGCAAGAAGUGAAAUAUUAUGACGUGAGUACUGUUGGAUAAGUAUAUCCUUGUGGUUGAAUUGGUUGUUGCCCUGUAAAAGUCCAGUUUUAUGUUCAUUAUUUUAUUGAACACCAAUGUUGGUCUGAUCGUAAAAUGUAAAAGUGUACAUUGCAACACUGUACAGAAUCAGUACAAUGUUCCUAGGCCAUUUACAGUGCCUUGCAAAAGUAAUCAUCCCCUUGGCAUUUUUCCUAUUUUGUUGCAUUAUAACCUGUCAUUU